GUCCCGCAGGAAAAGUUGGACAAGCUCUCGUCGGUUAUUGCUCGGCGUCCAAGCAGCUCCUUUGCUUCUGGAAGAAUUGGGCUUUGCAGCCUCCCAUCUUCCGACCUUUGCAGGUGCCUUUGGCCUCUCCUGUUGAGGCUGCAGCAGAUGCCAUGGCUUCUGGCGAUUGCUUUGCAAUUGGAGGAUACGUUAACCUUCCAAGUGGUCACAACCUUUGGUUUUCUCAGCAUUGGGUCAUGGCAGAUUUCUCUUUCGCAGGAUUGGACUUGAGUAACGAUGCUCAGUCGUACAUUGCUUCUUGGGAGACGCUUGCCCAAAUUGCCUUGUUACACUGUGUCUCGGCCGCAGUUCCUUUCGGACGUCUUCGAGUCCGCAUCAAAUCUUGGAGUGACAAUGCUGGAGCUGAGAGCAUCUCGAACAAACUCUACACUAGGAAAUUUCCUUUAUGUAUCUUCGCUCAGCGCUUAGCACUUUUCAGCGCAUACUCGUCUAUGACUUUGGAUGUGUCGCAUAUUCCUGGUGAAUACAACGAUGAUGCAGACAUGCUUUCGCGCACUACGGACUUUUCUGCGCUUCCCAGCCGCUUUUCUUUAGAGCGGCGCCUGGUGCUGGAUCUCCAGCAACUUUGGUUUCGACGAAAGGCGACUUCUUUAUCGCCUCCUGACUUUUCUCUGCCUUGGGAUCUGCCGACCAAUGAUCUUUUCCUUUAA